AUAAUUGUUUGUCACAUUUUGCAUCAUAUAAUGUCAGUUACUAAUGCAAGCACAGCUGAAAGUUUGCUUAUAUAUCAGCAAAUAUUUAAUGUUGCACUGACUGAGGGACCAAUAACAAAAGUUAUUUUUGCAAUUUUAAUGUUGCUGUUCUUCAUCUAUUUGAAUGCCAUCAUGGUCUACACUCUUUGGAGCAAGCCUGUUUUUAGAGAGACUACACGUUACAUUUUGUUUAACCACAUGCUUAUGAAUGACACAAUUCAACUCUUUGUUACCUCUUUGUUGUAUAUUUUUGUUCUUGCCCAUUUCAAGGUAGUCAUGGCUGCUUGUGCUUUUAUAGUUAUUGUUUCAGGUACAACUUUCCGUAAUGCACCUUUAAACCUGGCUGUAAUGUCACUAGAGCGUUAUGUGGCCAUAUGUUUUCCUUUAAGACAUGCUGAAAUAGCCACUCAGAGAAAAACCUAUAUUGCUAUUGGAAUUAUUUGGUUUAUGGGUGUAACACAAUAUUUAAUUGACUUGUUUUACAGUGUACUGAUGGAUCCUACAUUUUUAACCUCCCAAAUGUUUUGCACAAGAGAAAAGCUUUUCAUGAAGCAAUGGCAAAUAGAUCUUCAUCAGGGUGUUAACAUAUUCUUUUUUUUGUCAGUAACAAUGAUCAUCCUUUUCACUUAUGUCAGCAUUCUGAUCAUAACCAGGUCUAUUACCUCCAAUAAAGGCUCCGCUGCAAAAGCCCACAAGACCGUGCUGCUGCACCUCAUUCAGCUGGGCCUGUGCCUUACUUCGUUUCUUUACAGCCUCAUUGAACGAGCUGCAGCAAUGGCUGGCAGCAGCAGCCUAUUUGUGGACCUGCGCUAUUUAAACUAUUUAUUUGUUCUGAUCUUGCCACGCUGUCUAAGCCCGCUCAUCUAUGGAUUGAGAGAUGAUGCUGUAAGGCACUUGUUCACAUACUACUUUCAAUGUGCUACACGCAAACGCAAGUUUACUGCCAAUGUACAAACAGUCAAUUAA